AUGGCUGCGCCCUGUGAACGCUUGACAGUAGAUGUCUUUAAGGAUGACAGUAUCAUGGUGCCAUUCUCAGCAAGUAUGGUAGGCGGAGUGGUUGUCGUUUGUUGUAUGACCCCAUUUGACGUUAUCAGCACACGAUUAUACAACCAAGGAGUUGAUGCCAAAGGUCGAGGGCUCUACUAUUCAGGCUUCCUCAACUGUUUCUACAAGAUCCUCCGAAAUGAAGGCGUGCUGGCAUUUUAUAAGGGCUGGUCAGCAUCGUGGUUUAGACUAGCUCCGCACACUGUACUAAGUUUAGUAUUUUGGGACCAGACAAUGGAGCUCUAUAACAAUUUCAAAUCUGAAUAA